GGCUUGCUUCUGUGAGUAAGUCACAACACCCACCUUUAUCCUCGUAAUGGAAUGUAAACUUGGAAUUAUCACAGAUUUUUAGUUACACGACAAGAGGAGGUGCUUGUAGUGGCUGCAGAAGGUCAGGAAGGCAGUUCUGGGUGCUCCAGAGAUUCAGGUCGAGCAGUGGUGCACCAAUAUGUCGCUGGGCAGAGGGGCUGCGCCUACUCUUGUGAACAAGCAGUUCAACUCACCCAUCAGACUGUACUCGCCAGAAAGUGUGCAGGAAGCCCUCAACAAACACACCCAGGCUCUGUCCAAUGGUGCCAUCGGAAUUGACUUCCAUCAACUUGCAGCUCCAAACUUGGCAAAUUCUGCUGUUCUCAAGAUGUUGGAGGAGGAAGAGAGGCAACGAGGAGGCAAAGAAGACAUAUCAGGGACGAACACUAGAGGAAGCCUUCAUCAAUUCGAGUGGCCACCAAAGGAUGUUGGCCACCGCAUCCAUGGCAUUAGCAACGACAUCAAAUAUCGACAUUGUUCCUUCUCGACUUUUUAUUUCAGCACUUUGCCAGGUCUGAAACGAGUUGCCUGGCCACCUCCCUCAGAAAACUCUGAGAACAUUGUAGCAGAACAAGCAGUUUACAAAAAGGGUCCUGUGUCUCAGCAGCAAAAUACUUGGGAGAAUUCAUUUGACCAAGUACCAGCAUCACAACUACAGCAACAACAGGAACAGAAUCAGUUCUACCCACCUCCCCAACAACAGGUGUACCAACCGCAGUACGAGACACCUCCCACGACAGUCGUCCUACGAGCUGCUGCACCAGUGAGCCAGGAACCUCCGCCCGUGUUCACGUCCCAACCCGCGGCAACAAAAGGAGUUGGACAAAACAUGAGGGGGGAUCAGAAGUGGCCACCAUCAGCUUACAAGCUGCAAGCAGAGGCUGAGAACGAGGCCAGGAAAGCAUUGGCCAAAGGACCUGCCUUCCGUCCAAAGAAAGUCAAGAAAGACUAUUCUGCCUUCUUUGCCCAGAACGCUCUCACCCCGAACUACCCCACGUACAAAGCUCCCCCUGGAACGCAGCAUUACAUUGAAGAAGGGACAUCAACUUUUUGAACACUUUUCAAAUUGUAUCAAAUCCUGCUACAUGAAAGAAAAUCAGGCAUUUGUUUUAAUCGUCAACAAAUGUCUCUUUGAUGUUUAUGAUCAAGCAAGUAUUCAACACAAGUGUAUAUACAGGCUGCCCUAAAGUUCAAUGAACUUCUUUGCUCAUAACUGUGAUACUGACAGCUUCGUUCUCUGGCAAAAUGUUUUGAAAUUUUCUGUAGAAUUUAAAAUUACUAUGAACUAUCACACUAGCCCUUUAUGUCCUGAAUUUUAUUACCUGUUUAAGAAACUGCUACGCAAUGUCGUAUCAACUCUUGGAGUUAUGCAGUCACAUGUGGUAUGAUGGAUUGGUUAAGAAUCAAGAGUUUGGAGGACUGCAAAAGGAAGCAGAAUUGUCCACUUUAAUAUAGUACCCUGGCAUCUCUUGUAGAACCUAACAAAGACCACAGAAAACCUCUCUGGCAAACUGCGGUUCUCCUGAAUACAAAUAAUGACAUUUGGUCCUUGAAUUUUACUUUGGAGAAAAUUACUUCACUUAACUUAGUGAUAAUGUUAAGGUUCAUAUUAAUGAAUAUGAUUAAGAUAAUUAUACAAUAAUAAUAUUCAUAAUAAUAAUUAUUUCUUUAUAACAGUAUUUAUUGAUGUUAGAACUUGAAGCCACACUGUUCUGUUUCUUACCAAUUUCAAAAUAUAUGAUCAUAAAAUUGGUGGGACUUCUAAGUCCUAUGAGGAUAUAAAGGGGUUAAAAAUUAUAUACGACCCUCCAUUCCAAGAUCUAUCCAAUACUGUGAAGUCUCACAAUUAUACGUAACUCUAAUACUACAGUUAUUAAGAAUAAGGACAGUAUAAACAAUCAGUCUGCAUUUCAUUUAGCACAUCUCAGGCUUUUGUGCCUGUAACAAUGCAUCUUUAAUCUAUCAUGUAGCAGGCUUUGACUACAAACACUCCAGGUAUAACAUUCAAGGGUAAAAUCCUUGCAACUGUUGUCAUGCUUUACUUUAUCUGCAGAUUUCAUUAUGCUUUACGGUUAUCUAUCAUUAAUAGUAUUUUAUUCCACAUACUAUUUCCUGUAUCUUUUUUAAAGUAUGACAUAAUUCAGAAAGUAAUAAAAUAUCAACAUUCUUCUGCCACACAAAAUUACAAAACAUAACUUUCUGAAGCAAGUGACUGCAUGAUACGAUGUAUUUUUCCAGCAUUUGAAGUAGACUUGGAGAAUUUGUGUAUGUUUAUAUAUUCUAAUGAUUAAGCCUGCAUCAGUCAUAGUUUAUCACAAAAAUAUUUUUGUAGGGAAGUGACAUUUUUUCAUCUGGUUAAUCCUUUAAAAGGACGUAACUGCAAUUAUAAGAUUCAUCAGUUUUAACAAUUUACAUUUUUAUGACAAGUACAGGAACUGUGAUUUUUUAUAUGAAUCUUGUAUUGUUACUACAUAAAUCUUCAUUUUUGUCUUCCUACCUUUACCUUUACUUUGAAAAUUUCAAACCAGGACAUACAUAUGGCUACUGCAACAGUGACACAGUUCCAAGGUGUUGUUCCCUAGAUUGAUUUCUUAGAAACUGGUGUUAAUAUUUUUACCUGUUUUUGAAUGUCACCAUACAUAGUGUUCAAAACUUUCAAUGAUUCCUUAAGGAAGGUUUUUAAUAUAAAUGCUUAUACCCUAAUAAAUAGCGCUCCUCAAUACUGUAUUGUUGACUACGAAGACGAAUCUUUCGAAAAUAGGAAUUGUUAUAAUAGCACAUAAACGUAGAGCAAGCAUGGCCAAAUACAGAGACCCCUAACUUCCUGAAACAAUAACAGCAACUCAUUGUUUCCUUACUCUAUUUUGUUGUUGUCUUUGUUUACAGUUUAACAGAAGUUGAAUUAAAUAGUGAUCUUGAUCAAUGUUAACUGUUAAUUUGUACUAUUACAUGUAUUGCAGAUUUCAAAUAUUAUGUAUAUAAAUAUAUAUAUAUAUAUAAGCUUUCAAAUGAAGGCAAGCAAAUUUUGUGCAUUUUCAUUACUUGAUCCUGAAUGCAGAUCAGAAUUGGUAUGAUACUCUUUACGGCUUUAUCUGUCUUUAGGGUAUCCACUAAAUACAAGUCUGGUGUGUUGCUAUUCAGCGAACCUGCACAGUACUGAUUAUCAAACAUGUCAACAGCACAGCACUGAAAAUAAAUAAAGGAAUAUCCAUGGAACAAUGAAA